AUGCUCCUGGGCAUCACGGCACCUCCUGAAGAGGUUGCUGUAUGUUACUUCCUCUUCGUUUUCUCGUCAAUUAGCCCGUUCAACUAUUUGCCAGAGCACCUACCCACCCUGGUGAAUGAUAACGACAUCAUAAAAGCCGUAUACGUCCCCGCCUUAGCAGCGUUGGCUCUGCAGUACCGGAGCGUGAGGUUGAUGCGGGAAGCCCGCUCCCACUACGCCAAGGCUUUGAGGCAGGUGAACAAGGAUUUAAGCAAUCCUCGCGUGGCCGUCCUCGACAGGACAUUAUUAUGCGUUCUCCUCGUCACGGCUUUUGAGACCCUGGCAUUACGCGGGCGGCGAUCCCCUCGAAACUGGAAUGUGCACGUCCAAGGCUCAGUCAACCUCUCCGCCCUAAGGGAAUCGGCGUCGCUCAAGACAGAGCUGGGUUACCAUCUCGUGUACCAAGCCAGCCUGAUUAUCCUCGCUAGCUGCACUCUGCACCGCGUCCCUGUGCCUCCGCCGCCUGCAGGAGCACGGUCCCCUUCACAAGGAGGUGAUGCCAGAGCCAUCGGGGUCUGA